AUGGCGAUGGAGUAUACUGGAGCUCCACAUCCAACACCCGCUGCGGGGUUGAGAGAAGAUAGUGGUCCAGAAUCAGAUAAUACCUUUUCACGAGAAAGCAGCAGUCCAUCAACGCUUCAAGUCAAUAAUACCAUCAUUCAUGGAGGAGAAAAGACCCAGCCAUCGUCGUGGGACGCAACCAAAUCUAAAAGGGAACGAGGAUGGCGGAAGAUUGUUCGAAGCUUCACACCAUCGUAAGACCACCUCAUUUGAUUGUCAUUUCUUAUGCUGAUAUUGUGAUUCAUAGAUGGUUCUCUGUGAAUAUGGGAACUGGUAUUACUUCGAUUCUUCUACAUAACUUGCCAUAUAACGGGGACUGGCUGUACUACAUCUCGGUCAUAAUCUUUGUUCUCAAUGUCGUUCUAUUCAUCGUCUUCUUUCUACUCUCGGUUGCACGUUACUCGUUGUAUCCUAAAAUCUGGGGCGUUAUGAUCCGCCAUCCAGCACAAAGUCUCUUCCUGGGAACAUUCCCUAUGGGUCUUGCCACAAUUAUCAACAUGAUAGUCUUCGUCUGCGUACCAGCUUGGGGCUACCCAGCCGUUCAAUUGGUAAAGCUCACAUUCCCCUCUUCGUUGUCCAUAUCUAACAAAACACCAGGCAUGGGGACUAUGGUGGAUAGACAUGGUCGUCUCCCUAGCCUGCUGUCUCUACGUCCCCUUCGCAAUGUAAGUCUUCCAACAACCCCCUUUCCUUCUCACCUAGUAACACAAACCCACAGAAUGUACCUCCACGAAUCCGCGCUCGAAAAAAUGACGGCCGCCUGGCUCUUACCCAUCGUAUCAACCAUCGUCGCAGCAGCAACCGGCGGCAUCGUCGCCGAAGUCCUCCCCAACCCCCAACACGCCCUCUGGACCGUCAUAGCUUCCUACAUCCUCUGGGGCACCGGCGUCCCCUUCGCCAUGGUCGUCCUAGUAAUGUACUUCCAACGCCUCACCCUACACCACCUCCCUCCCGUCGAGGUCGCUGUCUCCGUCUUCCUCCCCCUCGGCCCCUUAGGCCAAGGUGGCUUCGGGAUCAUGCAGCUAGGCAAAGUCGCCAUGACUGUAUUCCCACAAACACAGACGUUGCAAGAGAGCACCACCCGCUCUGGGGAUAUCUUGUAUGUUGUUGGUUGGAUGGUGGCUACGAUCAUGUGGGGCUUUGCGAUGGUCUGGAUGUUCUUUGCUGUUGCUAGUGUGUCGAGGAAGAGGUUCCCGUUUAACAUGGGCUGGUGGGGAUUUACUUUCCCGUUGGGUGUUUUUACGGCGAGUACGACGCAGAUGGGACGGGAGCUGCCGAGUCGGUUUUUUGAUGUUUUUGGGACUGUAUGUUUCCCCCACCUUUCCUUUCUCUUCUCUUCCUCUCACUCCAACCCUUCCCUUUCCUGCUUGUACUUUUACUGAUGACUUAACAUAGAUCACAUCCAUCUCCGUAACCCUCCUCUGGCUCGUCGUCGCGUAUAAGACGAUUGAGGGUGCUGUCAAGGGGAACCUGUGGGUUGCACCUGAUUUGGCGAAUCUGGUGGAGACGCCGAGGAAGAAGAAGGUGGAUGUUGAGGCGGGGGUUGUGGGUAAUUAGAUGUUGUUUCUCUUUUGUCUGCUGUGGUGGUGUGUUCUUAUCUUGUGGAUGCCGAAUGCGGAAGAUGGAGAUAGAUGAGGGAGUGAUUUAUAUACCUUCUGCUUUUCGUGUUAUUGUUGCUUUUUUGUUUUCUGGGUGGUCGAGAGGUUGAGGUCAAAAGGCAGAGUUGGGAGUGGAGGAGGGAUACCAGGAGAGGUUAACGAGUUUAUGAUUAUGAUAUGAUCGGC